GAUGUGGAUUUCAACUAACGCAGAGUUGCUGCAGAGCAUCGCACAACAAUGGCGAUGCUUUUCCGCCUUCUCCUUCUCACGUUCUGUCUCUCCGUUGCACAUCAUGGACGGUGUUACGCGUUUAUUCCAGGCUUGCACCCACAUACAUUCAGAGAAAAUGACACCCUACCGAUUAGCAUCGUUCCUUUCUCAAGUUCGGUGCCGGGAGUACCGGAUUUCUACGACUUACCGUUUUGCCAGGACACGACCUUGUGGAGGGUUCAGCCUCAGUAUUUGCCAGACGUCCUGCUAAACACGCAGCUGCUUCCCACUCCCUAUGACGUCAAAGUCCUUACCAACGUAACAUGCCGGUUUCUGUGUCUCGUUCCGAAUUUUGCCAACCAAGGAAAGGCUUCGAGGCUCUUCACAAAGCUGCUUACUUCGAAGAGACGGCCACUCAUUAAACUGCGCGCUGACAGCCUCCCCGUAUUGCAUACGAAAAGCCUGGGAGACACAGUAGAUGGCUAUGGCAUCGGAAAUCACGACGCGGAUGACUUUUAUGUGACAAACCAUGUUACUUUUCAAAUUCACUAUUAUGACUGGACAAACGGCGUCGGAGAGCGCGAAGUAAGAAUCUCAUCUGUUCAGAUGCAGCCACGUUCUUCGGGCAUUGCUCCAAAAAGGAUUGGCGAAUGCGAAUCUGAGUCUCAUCCUCAGAAGGCAUCUGGUGACGUUAUGUUCACCUACUCCGUUUACUGGAUAAGGUCAACAAGUCAAUGGCCUUCCAGGUGGGAUCAUUUGCUCGUGAAGGAAGGCCUGACCGUCAGCUUUUGGACAGCUGUCCUCUGGCUAGUCAUCGCUUGUGCACCAGUGGUCAUUCUUCACGUCCUGUGCAAGUUCCUACUUCGCCAACUUGAGUCUAGCCACCGAACCAAGGGCUAUGAGCCACUGAAAGAGCACACUCAUCAGGUGGAGCACGACAGAACUUAUGUGCUAUCCUCCCUGGUUGGAACAGGCAUUCAACUACUUGCUGCUGCUUUAGUGGCAGCGUUAGCAGCUGUGCAUGGCCUGCGGGAUCCAGACUCUCGGGGUUCAAUGGUGCAGCUGUCCUUCUACUCGUUUGUUGGGCUGGGGGCACUCAACGGAUAUGUCUCCGCCAGGAUCUUGAGCUCAUUCAAGUCUUCCAACAUCAUGAGAUCCGUUCUGCUGUCAUCAGUACUUCCUCCGACACUAGUGAAUGGAAUUCUGGUUCUGCUGAACUGGACACUUGAUGCUGGAGGAUACCCACAUGCUAUUCCUCCAGCCACCUUGGUCUCGCUUUAUCUAUUGACGCUUUCUAUUUGCUCCAUGACUGUGUACAUGGGCUCUUGGGUUGGAAGCUUUGCAUCCCAAGCAGACUGGCAGCUGGUUCCGUUUCAUGGAAGCAUGAUGCACCAUGAGCGAGAUUCAUGGGAGUUCCACAAACUUGGUUUUCGGUUUGGAGGACUCCUCCUUGUGUCUGGUGCUGUGGGAGCUGCCUUGUUUUACCAUUUGACAACACCUCCUCACCAGUUGUCAUAUACUUCACUUCUGCUUGCAUUUGGUGGCUUCGUCACCAUCUCAGGGUGUAUUUCAAAUCUGUCAGCCUACUUCCAAUUUUCGAGUGGGAAUACCAAAUGGUGGUGGGAAAGUUUCUAUGUUCCAUCAUUCGCAUCGCUUUUCCUUUUUGGUGCUGGAUGUGCGCUUUCCACCCUGCUUUUCUGGAGUGGGCAAGGGCACGCUGCCUUGAUGCUGGCAACUUACUCACUUCUGGCUGCAAGCGUGGUCGCUCUCGCAUCUGGUGCUAUUGGCUUCCUCUCAAGUUGGCUUCUGGCAUCCAUGGUGGCAAAUUAUUGUGUGAAGAUGGAUGGAAGAUGCAACCUUUAGGAGAAUUGACAUCACCCUGCACCAUGUGUGGUGCUUAGAUGUAGCAAUACUGUUCGUCCACGUUACAUUAUGCAAUUGCUAUGACCAACUUUGGCUUCAGCCUUGCAUGUAUCAAACCGAUGUACUUCUCAGCUGCAAUUGCAGGAACCAGCAAACACGCAAUUGUACU